UUCUUUAUAAGAAUUACAGACCAGCCCCACAAAAGUUCUCCCCUUAUAUAUUUAAUGUAUGAACACUCUGCUGCAGACUCCUUGAGAAGUGUGUUUGGUCGUUUGGCUGACAAAUCAAAAAUUCAUCUCUAUCUAGUACUUUUUUCAUGAGACGGGAAAAAUGAAGAGUUCCAAUUUCGUGUUAUUGGUUCUUUUCCUAAAUGUGGUCUCUAAUAUAGUGGCUGCAGCUCCGCCAACUUGUCCUGCCGAUAUUGGAAGUGAUUGUGCAACUAGUUCUGGUGAAUGGGAAGGGGAGUUCUUCCCAGGUAUUCCAGAGAUUAAGUAUGAGGGUCCUUCUAGUAAGAAUCCUCUCGCUUUUAAAUGGUACAACGCUGAGGAGGAGAUUCUUGGGAAAAAGAUGAAGGAUUGGAUGAGGUUCAGUGUCGCAUUUUGGCACACAUUUCGAGGGACAGGGGGGGACCCAUUUGGUGCACCUACAAAGGCUUGGCCUUGGGAAGAUGGAACCAAUUCCUUGGCAAUGGCCAAGAGAAGAAUGAGGGCCAACUUUGAGUUUAUAAAAAAGCUUGGAGUUGAUAAAUGGUGCUUCCAUGACAGGGACAUUGCUCCAGAUGGCAAAACAAUUGAGGAAACUAAUGCUAACUUGGAUGAAGUGGUGGCUCUAGCCAACGAGCUUCAGGGGAAAAGGAUCCGUCCUUUGUGGGGUACAGCUCAGUUGUUCCACCACCCUAGAUACAUGCAUGGAGCUGCGACUAGCUCUGAACUGGGAGUAUAUGUAUAUUCUGCCGCACAGGUCAAGAAAGCCAUGGAGGUUACACAAUAUCUAGGAGGAGAAAAUUAUGUUUUCUGGGGUGGUCGUGAGGGUUAUCAGUCCCUUUUGAACACUGAUAUGGAAAGGGAGCUCAAUCACAUGGCAAGGUUUUUUGAAGCUGCUGUUGCCUAUAAGAAGAAAAUUGGAUUCAAUGGUACACUGCUGAUCGAACCUAAGCCUCAGGAGCCUACAAAGCACCAGUAUGACUGGGACGCUGCAACGGCUGCCAACUUCCUUCGUAAAUAUGGAUUGAUAGAUGAAUUCAAACUAAAUAUCGAGUGCAACCACGCAACUCUCUCUGGCCACAGCUGUCAUCAUGAGCUUGAGACUGCAAGAAUCAACGGUUUACUCGGUAACAUAGAUGCAAACACCGGUGACCCUCAAAUUGGUUGGGAUACAGACCAGUUUAUGAUGGAUGUAGGAGAAGCAACAUUAGUCAUGCUCUCCGUUAUUAAAAACGGAGGGUUGGCCCCGGGAGGAUUCAAUUUUGAUGCAAAACUGCGAAGAGAGAGCACGGAUGUUGAGGAUCUGUUCAUAGCUCAUAUUGCUGGCAUGGAUACUCUAGCACGCGGGCUCCGAAAUGCUGCUAAAUUGAUUGAGGACGGGUCGUUGAGCGAGCUCGUUCGGAAGAGGUAUCAGAGUUUUGACUCGGAACUGGGGGCCGAAAUAGAGGCUGGAAAGGCCGAUUUUGAGGUGCUCGAGAAGAAGGCUAUAGCAUGGGGAGAACCUAAAGUUGCUUCUGCCAAGCAGGAGUUGGCGGAGAUGAUUUUCCAAUCUGCGCUAUAGACGGUUGGAGGCCGGACGUACCCGAUGCCUCCCCCCCCACCCCCCCUACCCCCUUUUCUUUUCUUGCUUGUUCUUUUUUCUUUGUUCAGAGCCGUUUGAAAGUGUAAUAAAACAUUCUGCUGUGCAGCAGCAAUACAAGUUUAAUCAGGUAGGGCCUGGAGAUGGACUAUGUUUUGGGUGCUGUUUGUAGUUAUCCACACGAAGUAAAAGAAGACAGGUUUCAUACCAGUGUAAAUUAUAAUGUCCUUUUCGGAUUUGUCAUGAUUAUAAAUACGUCGAUUGACAUUCUUCUGUAA